CUCAGGCUUCACAUUGCAGUUUUCACUCGUAGUGUACACAGAGGGACUUUCUCAGGAGUCACAUUUACCGUCCACUUCUGACCUUUCUCUUGUCGUCUUUUUCCUUUUCCUCACUGAGAUGUUGCAAUGUUCCGUGCUGUCUUGCAAAACGUGGAUUUGUGUUGGGUGAUUUUGUUAUAUUUGUUUUUUGUACCGGAAGCUGGCUGCAGAUCAGCCUAUGCAGACAGCUGUCAUGAGGUGAAGACAGCAUACAUGAUGCGCCAAAUAGGCCAAGUGGAGCUGGUGCCAGACAGACCCCAAACAGAUGACUCUCUCCGAGUGUGUGUCCACUCUGGGCCUGGGUGCUGUACCAGUAAGAUGGAGGAUGAUUACAUGGCUGCUGUUCGCAGUGAGACACAGCACAAGAUGCGAUCCUACAGCUUUGAGCUCAAGUACCUGAUCGCUGGACACACCACGUCCUACCAAGACACCUUUGAUUCACUUGUGUCCUUCACAUCUAAUUUGACCAACACCCUGUUUGACAGUGCCUACGCCAGCCUGGCAUCAGACUGUCGUCCCCUUGUUCUUCAGCUUUUCAAUGACAUUAAAUGCCAUCUUUCAGGAGACACUGAUACCUCAUUGGAACACGGAGUGCGGCGUUUCUAUAAUGACCUCUUCCCAUUGGUCUACCGCCGACUUCUUAACCCUGGUAUUGGCCAUCUGUCAGCCCACUCUUUUCCCUCUGCCUCCUCAUCCAAUAACGAAGACUGCCUCAGGAUGACGCAACAGGAUGUCAGUCCAUUUGGGCCCCAUCCUCGACUUCUGGUCUCCAGCCUUUCCCGUGCGCUGGGAGUAGGCCGAGCACUGAGCCGAUUGCUAAGACUGGCGGGAGACGUUGUGGAUGCAACCGAAAAGGCAACGUUAUCAAGAGAGUGUGGGCGGAGCUUAGUAAGGAUGCAGUAUUGCUCCCAUUGCAGAGGUCUGACGCUGAUCAGGCCCUGUACUGGACUUUGUGUUAACGUUAUGAGAGGAUGCCUGGUGGGGAUAUCGGAGCUUGCUGCCCCUUGGAGGAAUUUGGUGGUAUUGCUCCAACAGUUAGCAGCGACUUUAGCGACCAGCAGCAACCACAACAGCAUGGAGCUAGCACUGUUGGCUACCAGGAACCAUGUGAAUGACGCCAUCCUGCACGCACAACUGCAUGGGCCAAGAAUCACAGCAAUUGUCGAGAAGGUGUGUGGAUCCCAGGAAGGUGGUCCUAUGACGAUAAGUGGACAUUCUAACGUCUCACAUGUUACAACAUCCGCUGCGUCUAUGGUGCAAACAACCUCAAAGAGGGCGUCCAUGACGUCACCCUCAAUGGGAUCUGGUGGUCAUCCAAAUAUGCUGCUUCAAUCACAAAGGUCCUUCCCUCUUAAAGGAUCCAGGGGUGACAAGAGCCGUAGUUUGAAAAAACUAUCAAGGGAGUUUGAAGGUUCUAUUCAGCGGUACCAGUGUUUUUUCUCAGAGCUACCUGAGAUGCUUUGUGAAAGUGAGAUGGAGGUUGAGCAGCACACAUGCUGGAGUGGUCAAGAUGUUGUGGAGAGUUAUGCAGGUCGUGUGGUUGGAAGCGCUUUAAGAGCCCAAAGGGAGAACCCAGAGAUGACGGUUCGUUUUACUGAUCCUGUUCUAAAGGAGGCGAAAAAAAGGCUGGAGCGGCAAACACAGGAACUUUUAGCGGAACUUGGCUGGGGAAACAAAGCCAGAAGUAAGGGUGAUGAAGAGGAGGGCGGCAGUGCAGAAACAGACACUGGGAGCGGUGACGCUUGUGACGAUGAAGACGGCUGCGAGGCAUCUGGUGAGGACAAUGGUGCUGACACAGAUGAUUUGUCCAGUGGACAUAGUCCAGUCAGAGAUGACAAGGCUCCUCCUCCUCCUCACCACCGCAAUUUCCCUCAUCCCAGCUCUCCUUCACUGGUGCCUGUUAAAGGGUCUGCCAACAUGCCGACUGUUGAACUGCUCCAAUUGACCGUGCUGACCAUGCUGUUGUUGCUGUCAUCGUGGGAACCCCGCUGACUCUUGGGUGACCCAUCCAGAGACUGAGAAACAGCCAUGUUCUCUCCAUGGAUGUUGCUGUUGUUUGGCAUUUAAAAAGUUUUAAAGCACAGUUUGGCCGCUCUGCUACUUUGUGGACGGUGAUGAUGAGGAUGCUGACGAUGAACUGUUGGUCCAUUUUUAUACAUCACCUGUACUGACCUGUGUAUGCUCACUUGUAUUUAACUUCCAUAGCAUAGCUUGCUUGCACAGCACUACUACUUUUUUCAAGAGGUGUAAAUACAAUUCUUUAUAUUAUAUAUUUAUAUCAAGACUUUAUGUAGAUCGCUUGUUGUGUAAAAUACAGUUCAAAAUUCCAACUUAACAAAAUAUUUAGCAAGUAUCCAGGCAGCUUUAGGACAUUUUUGGCAAAACGACAAAUCUAUUUUCUAUUUUAUGGUCUUAUUGGAUGCUUUUGGAGACCUUUACAUUUAAGCACAUAUCACUCAACGAGCAGUGGGUCCAGCGCUCACAAAAUGUUUGUGACUCAAUAUAUGUGCUUUUUUAUUGAGUAUGGCUGUAAAAUAACCCACUAUAGUGUUUAAUAAAAUUGUACGACAAGUUAUAGUCCAAUCAAAAUCAACGAGAGCCUUAGGCCUUGUUCACACUUGCAGGUUGAUUCUGACUUUUUUGCCCAUAUGUGACCUGUAUCCGAUGUUUUCAUGUCAAUAUGAACUGCAAUGCCGAAGUUUUCAAAUCCGACCCAGGCCUCUUCCGUACAUCAUCAAAUAGUGAUAAGCGUCAUAAUUAUUUGCCAAAACAGACACAGUUGACAAAUGAGCAGAAAACAGGCAAAAGUAAUGUGUUUUAGGAUCUCACGCCAAUGUUCCACCACACCCGACUGCGACCGCUUGCCCACAAACUCUUCUAAGUAGACAUCGAAGCAAAUCCACGAGCAAGAGCAACAAUUUUUAAUCUCUUCCUUCUUAAUCUUCUAUGUGGAAUAAUUUGGUCCAGAAAAUGCAGACUUUGAUUGCACAAAAUAAUUGAAAUUGCCACAAAUGCGCCAAGACUGAGACCUACUAGAAUUGAAGCCAUGUUUACUUCUGUAAACACUGCAUCACGUGUGACGUCAUGUCUGCAUGUGGGUCAGAUUGUGUUCACAUUAGACAUCGCAUUUUUUGUGUGAUGUGAACGACUACAUAAAAAGAUCUGAUUUGACCAAAACAAAUCUGAAUUGGAUAUUCUACCUUGCAGUGUGAACAUAGCCUUAAAGCAGUGGUUCUUAACCUGGGUUCGAUCGAACCCUAGGGGUUCGGUGAGUCAGGCUCAGGGGUUCGGCGGAGGUCAAGACACCCGACUCAUCGUGUAAAUAAAAACUUCUCCCUAUCUGCGUAUUACGGAUACGGCAACAGCAGAAGUCAGACUGAUUUGCACUGAUUGGUAUGUGUUUGUUGUGAGUUUAUGCACUGUGUUGGUUUUGUUGUUUGAACAAGGUGAUGUUCACGCACGGUUCAUUUUGUGCACCAGUAAAAAAACAUGGUAACACUUUAGUAUGGGAAACAUAUUCACCAUUAAUUAGUUGCUUAUUAAAGGGGAACAUUAUCACAAUUUCAGAAUUGUUAAAACCAUUAAAAAUCAGUUCCCAGUGGCUUAUUAUAUUUUUCGAAGUUUUUUUCAAAAUUUUACCCAUCACGCAAUAUCCCUAAAAAAAGCUUCAAAGUGCCUGAUUUUAACCACCCGUCCAUUUUCCUGUGACGUCACAUAGUGAAGCCAACACAAACAAACAUGGCGGAAAGAACAGCAAGCUAUAGCGACAUUAGCUCGGAUUCAGACUCGGAUUUCAGCGGUUUAAGCGAUUCAACAGAUUAUGAAUGUAUUGAAACGGAUGGUUGUAGUGUGGAGGCAGGUAGCGAAAACGAAAUUGAAGAAGAAACUGAAGCUAUUGAGCCAUAUCGGUUUGAACCGUAUGCAAGCGAAACCGACGAAAACGACACGACAGCCAGCGACACGGGAGAAAGCUAGGACGAAUUCGGCGAUCGCCUUCUAACCAACGAUUGGUAUGUGUUUGUUUGGCAUUAAAGGAAACUAACAACUAUGAACUAGGUUUACAGCAUAUGAAAUACAUUUGGCAACAACAUGCACUUUGAGAGUGCAGACAGCCCAAUUUUCAUCAAUUAAUAUAUUCUGUAGACAUACCCUCAUGUCAGCAGGCCAGGGAAGCUUCUUCUUCUCUUGAUCAUCUUCGGGACGGUGUGAGCCAAGACAUCCAAGGGGUUUAGCUCGCUUGUCUGCGGGAACAAACUGCCGCCAUUGCUUGCUGUGCUACCAAGGUCCUUUGUCCCUGAAUUGCUCACACACUCCGGCAGAUUCAAUGGGGGUCUGGCGGCAGAUUUCUUUGACUUUAUCGUUGGAAAUGCAUCUGCUUUGAGUGUCGCAGGAUAUCCACACAUUCUUGCCAUCUCUGUCGUAGCAUUGCUUUUGUCGGUAAAGUGUGCGGAACAAACGUCCAAUUUCUUGCCACUUUCGCAUCUUUGGGCCACUAGUGCAACUUGAAUCCGUCCCUGUUCGUGUUGUUACACCCUCCGACAACACACCGACGAGGCAUGAUGUCUCCAAGGUACGGAAAACAGUUGAAAAAACGGAAAAUAACAGAGCUGAUUUGACUCAGUGUUUGAGAAAAUGGCGGAUUGCUUCCUGAUGCGACGUCACAUUGUGACGUCAUCGCUCCGAGAGCGAAUAUUAGAAAGGCGUUUAUUUCGCCAAAAUUCACCCAUUUAGAGUUCGGAAAUCGGUUAAAAAAUAUAUGGUCUUUUUUCUGUAACAUAUUGGCUCUUAACUAGUCAUUAUUAAGUACUUAUUAAUGCCUUAUUCGGCAUGGCCUUAUUAUAACCCUAACCCUCUAACCCUGGCCCUAACCCUCUAAUCCUAAACCUAACCAAAUAACUGCAAAUUAAGUCUUUGUUUCUUAGAAUAUGUUCCCCUAGUGUCCAAAAACUCUAAAUUAAGUCUUUGUUACUUAAAAUAUGUUCCCCAUACUAAAGUGUUACCAAAAACAUAUAACUUUGUCUUGAAUUUGAAAAAAAAUAUAUAUAUAUAUUUUUCACCAAAGAGGGGUUCGGUGAAUGCGCAUAUGAAACUGGUGGGGUUCGGUACCUCCAACAAGGUUAAGAACCACUGCCUUAGGGUCUGUAUUUCACUGCACCAAUGAAUGCACCAAAUCGCUACCGGGUCUAGCCAAACAUCCAUCCAUCUUCUUCGGCUUAUCCGAAGUCGGGUCGCAGGAGCCUAUGCAGAGAAGUCCAGACUUCCCUUUUCCCAGCUAC